AUGUUGUGGCGCGCAUUAACGAACCAUUGUCUGACUUUGCUGUGUCGUGUGCAGGACUUGUCUGCUGAGACCAAGAACUGCAUCAUUUUCGACACCAUCGCCGCUGCGGACAAUGCCUGCAGCGAUGCCGAGUUCGAUGACAUCAAGGCAAGUCUGGAGCGCGACUACCCGAGCGCAUUCACUGCCAACAAAGCCGGCCUGGACGGCCUGGACAUGCUGCUGAGCACCAUCAUGUCGAACGAUGAGUCCGUGAGCAUGGACGAGGAGGCCACCUCAAGCCGCACCCCCUCGAUCACCGUGGAGUGGCUGCGCGAGGGUUGCUCGGCAACGUCGUCCGUCGCCGACAUCCACGCCUCGGCGAGUUGGCUGAUCAAGCUCGAGGGCAAGCCGUUUAACGCGCGGGUCAUCUUUGACAUCAUCGCGGGACAGCGGAGCUACAGCUUGGUCGUCUGCCUCGUCAACAACGAGAGUGAGGACACGCCCGAGCACGCCUUUACCUGCCGAUCGGGCGUCUGGGCUGCGGCGUUGAGCCCCAACUCGGGCCAGAUGAUGCCCGGUCAGUUUGAGGCGCCGACGUCGAACGAGCCCGAUCCUGAUCCCAAGGCCGUCUUCCGCCGCUGCAAGAACUGCAGCAAGUACCGUCUCGUCUCGCAAACCCAUGCAUUCAUGAGAGGUGUCUGCGGCCUGGGCUAUGAGAGCCAGUGCUCCGACCCGCCGGUCACCUUUAUCGCUGCCCUCUUGCUCUCCAACUCGCCAGCGCUUGCCAGCGCCAACGGCGAGGUGGAUGACGACCUGGUGGGACGCGCGCUUGCGCUCGCCAGCGAUCGUGCCAUCAGCCAUGAGCACCUGGAAGCGCUGUCCACGUGGGCCGGCGGCGAGCUCAACAAGCGGCGGCCGGGCCGGAGGAGCCGCAAGGGCCUCCUUCUCCGGCCGAGCAAGUCGGACGAUGUAGUCAACGUCAUCCUCGACAUGGCCAAGCUCUUUGCCAUCCCGCACGUCGCCGGUGGCACUUACCUCAUCACUGCCCGCAAUCUCGGCAUCUUUGUCUGCGAUAGCCUCGGCCUCGCCAGCAGCAACUUCCGCACGCUCGUCAAGGACACGCUGCAGUGCGCGGUGCCGGCGGCAGGCGGUGCCACACUCUUCCAUCUCCUUCAAUCAAGCCAUGCGUUCGAGGCGGGGAGGAAGCACCUCUACGAUAGCGCGUACAACGACAUCGGCGGCAUCUUUGGCGCCGCCUUUGUUUCGGGAGACACCGCCGAGUCGUCUCAGGACAUGCGGCAGGUCCUCACCACCAUCGAGUUCGAGUCGGACCGCCGAGCCGAAGAUCUCAAGUCAAAGGCCAAGCAGUGGUCAAAGCCCCGAUCCGAGACCUACAAGAGCCUGGCGACAAAGCUGGACUUUAGCCAGGCCUUCAACGAUCAAGCCGAGUCGUUGAUCCUCUUCCACGGCGCCUCGCGUCUCGGCAAGUCGACCACACAGGACGUCCUGCUCGAGACCUCCAUGCCUAGCGCCGCCGAUUUUCUGUCUCAAGCCAGCAAUGGCGCAGCCGCCGCCUUUGUUUCCGCCGGAAUGGACAAAGACGACGCGGACGUGGCCUUCAACUUUGACUUUCCCGCCGCCGAUGCCGAGCAGCUCUGGUGCGCCAAGAAGGAGAGUCGGAGGCACACCAAUCGCGCCGGCUCGGCUCAAGCGCCGUUCAUCCUCCCAACCCGCUGCGCCGUCGGCCACACUACCGUCAUAGACAUCGAGGUCCGCUACGGCCGCUCGUUUGAGGUCGUCGUCGAGAUGAUGUCCAAGGAGGCGAUCUUGGAGCUCAUCAGCGUCAACUGCGACGACAACGACUGGCUCAAGAGCUUUGUCGCCAACGUGAUGGGCAAGAAGAAGCCCAAGAGCUUCCGGUCCAAGGACAAGGAUAGUCUUGCGGCUGUGAACAAGCUCAAGGAGCUCAUCAACGAGUCAUCGAGCUCAUCCUCUCCUGCCGAUGCUGUUCUCGACUUUCUUGCCGCUCAUGGCGCCGACGUGCGCGGUGCCCUCGACCGGAAGAUCAUCGUCUCUGCCCCAGCCUCGUCGGAGCCCCACAUUGGCCAGGCCAUUGUCCGUGCUGUCAUCGCCGCCGCAAACCGGACGGACGACCCCAAGGCUGCGCUCGUCGACUCGGAUCCAACCUCGCUCUCGUUCGGCUCGUUCGAGCACCUCCUCAGCGCCAUGUGCGGGCUGGAUGGCAAGCUGCGCAACUCGGUGCUGGCCAACUUUGUCAGCCGUGUCACGGCCUUUCUCCCGGCCUCGAUCAUCCCCCCGCGCGGCGUGUUGAAGGACACAGCCGGUACCAUCUCUGGCAACAGCAUCGUCCGGGGUGUCACCGCUUCUGCCCUCAAGUCGGCCGCCUUUGUCGUCAUCCUCCUCGCGGACGGCGAGAACAUCGUUGACAACGACAACGCCAGCGGCACGCUUGAUCCGUUCUUCGCCCAUGCCAAGCCAUGGCUCGCCAUCAUUAGAGACAUCAAGAACGAGCUCGAGAGCGUGAAUGGCGACCGCGAUGCUGCCAUCUCCAAGCUCACGACCAUGGCCACCACCCGCGACGGCUCCACUGUCAACUUUGCGGUGGUCAUGCCCAUCAAGCCCAGCGACGAGGACGUCAUGGUCCUGCACCACAACGAUUGCGUCACCAACCUCCGCGAAGGCCUGAACGAGCUGUUCUUCAAUCAGCUCCAACUCGUCAUCCCAGACUCGCUCAAGGAGCACGGUGAGGUUCCCAACGAUCUUGGUGACGCCUUGGAGCUCCUGUCCGAAGCGUUGUCCUCGGAGCGCUGCCUCUCUGUCUCACGCCUCGCCACCAUCAAGUACUCGAGCUGGGCGCUGAACAACAUUUCGCUUGCCGACUUUGGCCAGGCCUCCAGUCACGAUGCUGUCGUAUUUGCCGAUGAGGGCAUGAUCCGGCCGAGCGUGGAUAGCUCGGGCAUUGUGGGCUUUCUGGGACGGCUCGACUUUUUCGCCCGCGGCGUCAUCCAGGACAUGCUCGACAGGGUGAGCAGAGCCGUCGAGGCUGCAGAGAGGGUCUUGACUCCAAUCGACGACAACGCCCACACCUUGAUCAGCAACCUCGUCAAGCAGAAGAGGAAGCUGAAGAGCGAGGCCGGGUCCUACAUGGCCGUCGUGGCCGAGGCCGAUGAUCCGAGCUGUGUCGUCCUCCGCCUUGGUAGUGCGGACGUCAAGAAGCUGGCCAUCGACCUCACCUCCAAGCCCGAUCCAGACACCAACAACGAGUUCUUUAGCUCGUUGACCCAGUCCCAGCUCCAUCGCGUGAUGCGGUCCAGGCUCACUGUCGCCGUUCGCCAGCUCCAGAUCACCGUCAAGUCCGACAACAUCCAGUCCGAGCUCGUCACCAGCCUGGCAACGACGCUCGCGGACUUUCUUCACCUCGUCCUCACCAACCACAUCACGAGGCCCGAGAGCCGGGAGCAGCUGGUCAGCAGCCUCGAGGACAGCAUCCAGCUCGUCGCAGUCCGCCUCGUGCAGAAGCUCAUCAAGACCGAGCCGAUCCUCUCCAGGGACCCCAACGCGAUCAAUAAGGUCGGUGGCCCGCUUGCAAAGCUUGUCGAGAAGAUCGUGCACGGCGCCAAGUCAAUGACGUGGGAGUCGCUGCGGAAGAGCAUGGAAGACGUCCUCGUCAACGUCCUCGUCUCGCAGCCGGACGGCCUGAAUCGUGACAAGGACUUGCUCGUGCUGCCCAAGUCGACUCUGAUGAGCACCUCGGCGUUCCGCCACAACCUCUCGCUCCUGUCUCGCCUCAUUUUCACCGUCUUCCGCCCGCGCGCCAUUGACGCCACGGUCUCGGACUUGAAGGACUCGACGCUCCACAGGGUCGACUCGUUUCUCCUCGAUUCCUUUGUGACCAAGAUCCUCUGGGACAAGACGCGCAGAGUGGUGAUGACCGAUCAGUGUGCCGAGUUUGUCCGGAGCAUCAUGGGCAAGAUCAACUCGGUCAAGGCCAGCCUCACCAUCUCGCUGAGCGAGCCGAGCAAUUUCGGCCGCCGCUUUGGCGCCCCGCUCGUCGCAGCCUGUCAUCGCAGCCGGGUCUGCGACUUGGUUGAGAGCCACAGUGAGCUCGACAGCGGCUCGCUCUCUUUUGCCAUCGGAGACAGCAUCCUCGAGCCGCCCACGACGCUCAUGGGUGCGGAGGAAGCCGAUGCCGUGCUGCGCGCCGCCCUUGGCCCGGAGCCCAUCCCGAGCAUCAGCGAGGUGGACGUGACCGUCACGCUCGCUAAGCUCUCUUCCCCGUUCAUCACCGACGAUCUGCAUCUCCACGUUGCCCGCCUCCUCGGAAACGGCGAUGACGCGACGAUCACGUCGCUGAAAGAGCUUCAUUUGGCCCUCAUGCCCAGUGGGACCAGCGUCGACGAGCUGGCGUCGUCCGAAGCCGCCGAUGUUCUCCUGAGGUUCCUCUCGUGGAUGCUCCGUGUUCGCUUUGCCGUCGUCGCUGUCAGCAGCAAGCCCGAGGUUGUCCACAUUGUCCCGAGCGUCGAAACCGGCGCUCCUGAGCCGCUCGUUGUCAGUGAUCUUCAUCCGUAUGUGCUCUUCUACAUCGCGCCGCUCCGACGUGGCCGGCAUAGCUCAGACGGAGACAAGGAAUUGGCCGGCUGGAGCAGCCUCACGCUCACCGAUGACUAUCGCAUGCCCCUCGGCUCGCGCCGCGGUAUGCCCGCCGCCAGCGAUGGUUUUCAGCCGACGACGCAUCCUGGCAAGCGCCGGCGUGCCGACGAUGACGGCAUCGAGCUCGAGAGCGGCGGUCUGGAGGCCAUGGUCGUGUCCGAUAGCGACGACGCUGGCGUCGCCGGGCCAUCGACGGCUAGCCACGUGCUGACCGCUCCUCCACCGGCCAAGGUGGCGCGCACCACCUCGCGCUCAGCGGACAUGACCGCCAUGUUCCCUCCGCCCACCCGCCACGAGCUCAAGCCGAUCACCCUCCACCAGUUUCGGCAGACCUACCUCCGGGCGAGGUCGCUCGCCCAGUACCAGGCCGUCAAGACCAAAGAUCACCUGAAUGUCAAGAUCACCAUGCCUGCCGCUAUGUCCGGGCCGUGCCAGACCGUCACGCUCUCUUCAUCCGACUUUGACGAGGUCGCCGCAACCUCGCUCAUCUUCGUCUCGGGCGCCGCUCGUGUCCUGAGCAACGAGUGCAAGAUCUUGCAGCCGCCCACCAAGCCGCACACCCGCAUCUGCCAGGACUCCCAGGAGCAGAUGUUUCAGGAAGACCGCGUCUAUGACCACGAUCUGGCCGGUGACGAUCGCGUGUACUACGACGAGGGCGUACUGCUGGUGUGCGAUGGCGUGACAGGCGACGUGGCCCACGAGGCAGAGUUCGUCUCGGGCAAGAUCGUCUCGUCCAGCAUGGUGGUGGGCAUGGAGGGCUUCCGCAGAUUGGGACAGUGGGAUAUCACGAGCCAGUUGGAGCUGCCCAAGCUCGCCUGGCAUUUCACCAUCAUGGCCUCCUUGUGGGCCAAGCCGGUCAUCCAGCGCAUGCUCCUGGCCAAGCGGUUCAACACGGCGGCGCUCAACCCGCAGGAUCCCAUGGUGCGCAAGCAGGCCGAGCAGCAGUGGCAGGAGAUGACAAUCGCCUUGCCCAAUGCAGUUGAGGCGACUCGGAACAGCGAGCUGCAGCAGAAAGUGACUCAUCAGCCGACCACGUUCAAGAUCAAGAGACAGCCGAGCUCGUCGUCCACCCUCCUCACCGCGGCCAUCACCGGGACCAAACUUUCGGUCUUUGUGGCUGGCGACUCGCGGCUGAUGGUGAUCCGCUGGAACGAGACGACGAGGCAGUUUGAGCCGGCGAGCAGGCAGAGCAUCACGCCCGAGCUGCUGGUGAAAGAGCCUGGCAGAGACCGCAUGAUCCCAUCGCAGCUGUGGUUCCAGCUCCGCUCGCAAGACGGCACUGAGCUGCGCAACAGGCACGUGUCACACGUGGCCAAAGUCCCGGGCCACAGCAAGUUUCACUGCGACAUCCAGGUCGGUGACAUUGUCAUCGCAGGAUCGGACGGCGUGUGGGCCAAGAACAAAGUCCAGAGGAGUGCGCUCUUCGAGGGCAAGGCGCCGAAGAAGAGCGCCCCUCGCCAUUGGCCCGAUGGCAACCUGAGGUCGUACACCAGGUGGUUUGUUGGCGAGCAGCCAUCUCGUGCCCUCCUGGCAGCGCUCAAGCAGCUCAAGGAGACUGGGGAGGAGCCCAUCACCGCUCAGAGCAUCCUUGCCGCCAUCUGGCCGCUGGCCAUGGAGGCGCGCAAUAACUCGUCCAAAAAGGACGAUGCCUCUCUGGCGGUCAUGAUCGUCGGCAAGAAGGCUGUCGGUCAGCCCGUUCACAUCAUCAAGCGGGAAGUCGACGACAACGGCCGCAUCGAGAACAGCCACCUCGCACCAUCAUCAUAAAGUAGUAACACAUCGC